ACAGGAAACUCUGUAAUCAGUAGAGAAAAAUCUUUCCCUUCUCUUGGUUUCAGCCCCUGAAGCAAAGUCUAGAAGAGUUUUCCCCCAACAGAUGUUUUUGUUCCAGCAGCAAAGAUUGGUUCCCCGGACCCACUCACCAGGGGCUCCAGGACCAGCAAGGACAGUUCCUCAGCACAGGCUGUGUAAGACAUAAGAACGGCCAGACUGGGUCAGACCGAAGGUCCAUCCUGUCUUCCGACAGUGACCAAUGCCAGGUGCCCCAGAGGGAAUGAACAGACAGGUGAUCAUCAAAUGAUCCAUCCCCUGUCGCCAGUUCCCAGAUUCUAGCAGACCCUGAAGCAAAGUCCUGGGGAGCUUUUCCCCCAACAGCUGAUUUUGUUCCAGCAGCAAAGGCUGGUUUCCCCCGACCCACCAGGGGCUCCAGGACACAGGACGGUGCAUCAGCACAGGCUGUGUAAGCCUCUGAAGCAAAGUCCAGGAGAGAUUUUCCCCCCAGCAACUGAUUUUUCCCCAGCAGCAAAGAGGAGGACACAGGACGGUUCAUCAGCACGGGCUGCGUAAGGAAAAUGGCAGGUUCAAGAACUCUCUGGGCUGGUUUAUUUUUGGAAUGGGGAAGUCACCUUAGUGGCCUGUCCCAGGAGGAAUCUGAAGAAUUCCAGACUGCUGUCCAUGCAGGAAACCUCACUGAAGCCACCGCAGUGGUGAAGAAAUCUGAUGCGUUGUUAAAAAACACCCAGCUCAAUGUUGCCAUCACCGGAGAACAGGGCUCUGGCAAGUCAUCUUUCAUCAACGCCAUCAGAAGCCUAGCUGACGAUGAUGAAGGUGCAGCUGAGACCGAGGUGAUGGAUUCAGCAAAGGAGCCAACUCCUUAUCCACAUCCCAAGCACCCAAAUGUCACAAUGUGGGACCUGCCUGGGAUCGGGACGCCAAAUUAUCCAGCAAACACAUAUGUGGAGAAGGUGGAUUUUGCUCGCUAUGAUUUCUUCAUCAUUAUCACAGCAGAGCGGUUCCGAGAGUCGGAUGCCAACCUGGCCCAGGAGAUACAGAGGAUGGGGAAGAAGUUUUACUUUGUCCGCUCCAAGGUGGACAUGGACUUGUGCAGUGAAAGAAAAGGAAAAACGAAGGUCAAGGAGGAGACAGUCCUGCAGACAAUCAGAAACGAUUGCAUCAGGAACCUGCAAAAAGCAGGCAUCCUUUCCCCACAGGUUUUCCUGGUGUCGAGAUGGGACUUUGAGAAGUAUGAUGCUCCCCGACUUCAGGAGACCUUUUCGAAUGAACUCGACACUCACAGGAGACACGCCAUCUUUCAUGUCCUGCUCAGCACCUCUGAACAACCCUUAAACUGGAAGAAAGAGGCCGUGGAGCAGCAGAUCUGGAAGCAAGCCAUUAAGUCAGGUGCUAUCGCUACUAUUCCUCUCCCGUUUCUCUCUGUUUGGUGGGAUGUUGGCAUCUUGGUGGAUAACAUGACCGAGUUCUGUGAGAGCUUUGGCCUGGACGACGAUUCCCUCAGAGCCCUUGAAAAGCCCACGGGCAAGUCUGGUGAGCUGAAGACUGUGAUAGAAUUCCCGCUGGCCAAAGAUAGAUCAAGAGAUCAGGCUUUUGAGCUUCUGGAAGAGGCUACAGGGCAGGUUAUGAUGAUAGCGAAGUAUUUCAUCAGCAUGAUCCCAGGGAUUGGUACUGUGAUAGCAGCAGUGACGUCUUACAGAGUCACGGGCAGAUUGCUACGUACUUUUGUGGCUCGAGUUGCAGAAGAUGCUCAGAGAGUCCUGAAAAGGGCUUUGGAGAGAGCAGAGAAAAGAGAUUAACAACAGCCACAAAAGAGCAACAUACCUGCUAUCUCAUGGCAGCUGGAGAUCAGAGCCACCCUGUGGGGAGAGAUAUUUCCCUUUGUUCUCAGCUACAGUGCAAAAAAGACACUCUCAAAAAAGGUCUCCAGAGUUUGGUGUGUUUUAAAAACAAAUAUUCUUUUCUAAUGUAGGGAAACGGGUAAAAUUGAGGUAAAGGUCUCUGAUCCCACAAUUUCUGUUAAACACCCCGAAGUGAAAGUUGAGGGAGACUCUCAGAACAAAUACCGUGAAACGAAACUUUGCUCUGUGUUAUUUAGUAAUAAUACCUGACACAGUUUUUAAGACAUACUCCAGUUUUUAUUAUUUAAGCUGUUGGGGCCACACCCUCAUAGGGCAUAAAGUUAGUGUAACUUUCACAGAUUCAUAGAUUCCAAGACCAAAAGGGACCAUUGUGAUGAUCAAGUCUGAUCUCCUGCAGAACACAGGCCAGAGAACUAAUUCCUAGAGCAGAUCUCUUAGAGAAACAUCCAGUCUUGAGUUAAAAAUCUCCAGGGCUGGAGGAUCUUCCACAACCCUUGGUAACUUGUUCCAAUGGUUAAUCCCCUCACCAUUAAAAUAUUUUGCUUAUUUCCAACUGGAUUGAAGUCAAGAUCUGGCUUUUUACUUUUUGCAGGUCACUGAGUUACUUUCUUUCUUAGGCUGUCAUGUGCUAGCACAUGUUUGGAUGCCAUGUGUGAUGUUUGGAUGCCAGCAAAGCAGGGAAAUGUUGAAAUCCAAACUCUUUGCCCUGAAUAAUGUGCUUCACACAAUCUCAUGAACCCAUUUCUGUAGGGAUUAGGGUUUGAAAUUUUUGUAAAAUGAACCACACCUAAAUUUCAGGCCUGAAGUGGCUGAAACUCCAUCGAUGUUUAAGACCAGAAGGGACCAUUAGGAUCACCUAGUCUAACCACCUGCAUCACAAAGUGUCCCUUUGGGGAACGUUUAACCUUUCCUGUGAACCCAGAGAACAGUGCAGAGCUCACACUAAAUAUGGCCCUGACUUGCAGUGAAGUCAAAGGGAUUUCCAGAGUGUAAGUGAGCACAUACAGAAUCUGGACCUAAACAACUAGUCAGCCAAUAUACUAGUCCAGGAAAGCUAUCAGAACAGAGCGACCCCCGGAUAUCUCUCCUGUGAUUUGAGCUGUAGUUAGUUGCUUGUUUUUUCACACUGAAGUUCAGUUUGCCUGAGUGUCUAGGAAUCACUAUCAUGGCUCAGACUAACCUGGGGUGUGUGGAUUGUAAUCACAUUGUGUUGGGCUCAGAUGGUGGUUGGCCCAUGUCCUGCUAGACACCACCCACGAUACUACUGAUGUGCACCGUAUUUCAUAGCCCAUAACCAGCGUCUGUCCUGGGGCUGGUCUGCGCUGGGAAGUUACAUAGCGUUAGAACACGUCAAACACUCAGGCCCUGAUUCCCAUUGACAUUAAGGGCAUUUUACACUGAGCUCUCAGUGGGAAGAGGCCAGAGCCUUAGGGUAAAUGAGUAUCAGGCCUGGAAGCAUUUAGCAGUAUGUUAGCUGGAUGUGGGUAACCAACAUGAUGUUAGGGGUAAUCGUGUCCAAUUAGCGUGAUAUUAUAGACAUGGUGUGGGAAAACAUAGCCGUUUUCAUCAUGUUUGCAAAUAGCUCACAUUGGCUAACAGUUUUUUCUGGAUCUCUUUGAAGUUGCCUGCCUAGAAUUACCUGGAU